AUGGACGACCGAGUCAUGUAUAAGAGGUCCCAAGCUUUACGUGAAUAUGUGGGCUCUUUCCAGCUGUGCGUUAUGUUUAUCGGGCUUGCUAUUACAUCAAUAGGUGCCUAUCUAAUCAACUCGACGACGAGCAAGACGAUAUCGAUUGCAUUGUUAGUGCUGGGCGGAAUAAUCACAUUAACCAGUUUCAUUGGGUAUUUCGGCGCACAAUUGGAAAACACUGGAUUCCUGAAUACGUACAGCAGUAUAACUGCAAUUGCAUUGAUUGUGGAAUUAAUUGCAAUGGGAUUGGCUUACACUCAUCAAUUACAGAUCGGCAUAUAUGGAAGCAAAUCUUGGGAUUUCUUUCAACAGCAAGAUUCCAAGUUCUUGAUUGAAUUGGAGCACAGUUUGAAAUGCUGUGGCUACGAAUCAAUAAAGGACAGAGCUAUUCCAAAGACAUGUGCAGCUGCUUCAAAUGUAGAUAUGGGAUGUAAACAAGCAGUGAUCAACUACGCUCAGCAAUGGCACCAAUACAUUACCAUUGCCAUCCUAUGUUUACUAGCCAUUCAGUUGAUUGCUCUGACAGUGUCUGUUGUCUUGAGUUUUAUCAUUGAUCGUGAAACAAGGGAGGAAGAAACCUACAUGGCAUUGUUAUCAAGUCAGAAUAACAAUCAUCAUCAUUCUUGGUUGAAUCAUGGCGAAUCGAGCUACAGUCCUAGCAAUGGAUAUUUCGGUAGAACCACUCGAUCCAGCCAGAGAUCUAUACCAAGAUAUGGUAGCACACCAUCCACAAAAUUAUAA